CGAAUAGAAGGUUUUAAUGGGAUUAAGGAGGUUUGGUAUUAUUGGAUUGGGACUAUUAUUUUGAAAAUCCGAAAAUACUUGUUGGCGUUGGCUUCACGUUACUCACACACAGCUAGCAAAUAUCCCAACCCAACCAGCUAGCUAGCUAGCUCCCUCCCAGCUGGCUACAGUACUUACUUGUUCCAAACAACGGGAGCGUCUGCUUGUGUCUUUAGGUAAUUCUCAUUUUAAGUAUCAUGUGUAACCAGCUCUACAACAUACCUUAAGGUCCAGCGCAGCCCAACCAGGCUGUGGUGAAUGGCUGUACCAUGAAGGCACAACUUCAAGUCACUGUCCUGUCAGCUAAACUGAGAGAAAACAAAAAGAACUGGUUCGGGCCCAGUCCGUACGUGGAGGUGGCCGUGGACGGUCAGUCGAAGAAAACCGAAAAAUGCAACAACACCCACAGCCCCAAAUGGAAGCAGUCCCUCACAGUAAUAGUCACCCCGUUUAGCAAGCUGGUAUUCCGGGUAUGGAGUCACCAGACCCUGAAGGCGGACAUCUUGCUGGGGUUGGCUACCCUGGAAAUCAGUGAAACACUCAAGUCCAAUGAACUGAAAUUGUGUGAGGUGGUGCAGACGCUGCAGCUGUGCUCGGACAGGGACCCGAGGGACGGCGUGGGGGACCUGUCUGUGUGUCUCGACGGCAUGCAGGUGGACCCUGAGACGUUUGCCUCAGCCGAGAGAGAGCGCGCUGCCGUACCGAACGGGGACGUGAGACAGAACGGAGACUGUGGCAACAGGUCCAGCAGAGACACGUCUCCCUCCAGCGACUCCAACGAGGACUGGGUCAUCGUGCCCAACGGUCACCCCGUCAACGGCGCGGGGUCUCCCGCCCCGUCCCCCGGGGGCUCCAGUGGCUCUCGCCCUCCCAGACCUGCCCGGCCCCCUCCCCCCACCCCCCGCCGACCAGCCGCCUCCCCAGCCUCCUCCAGCAGCUCCACCCCCAGCGAGAUGAGCGAGGCCCCGCCCACCGACGGCUUGUCCCAGGCCUCGGCCAGCGGCAGCGCCGACUACCAGGAGCCCCCCGCUGGGCCCUCGCAGGCCCCCGGCGCCCCGCCUGCAGCGGAGGCUCCAGCAGUGACCCCAGCCCCGGGCCCCAGCCCCAUCUCCAAUGGACCACUGCCCCCAGGCUGGGAGCAGAGAGUGGACCAGAACGGCCGUCUGUACUUUGUGGAUCACAUUGAGAAGAGGACCACCUGGGACCGACCCGACUCACUUCCUGCGGGGUGGGAGCGGCGGGUGGACCCCAUGGGCAGGGUGUACUUCGUGGACCACAUCACGCGCACCACCACCUGGCAGCGGCCCACGCAGGAGUCGGUGCGGAACUACGAGGAGUGGCAGCACCAGCGCAGCCAGCUGCAGGGGGCCAUGCAGCAGUUCAACCAGAGGUUCAUCUACGGGCUCCAGGACCAGCUUCCGCCCACGCCGAAUAAGGAGUUUGACCCACUGGGGCCGCUGCCACAUGGCUGGGAGAAGAGAACGGACAGCAACGGCAGGGUGUACUUCGUGCAGCACACGACGCGGACCACCCAGUGGGAGGACCCCAGGACGCAGGGGUUGUUGAAUGACAAGCCCCUGCCCGAGGGCUGGGAGAUGAGGUUCACGGUGGACGGCAUCCCCUACUUUGUGGACCACAACAGGAGAACCACCACCUACAUCGACCCUCGCACAGGGAAGUCCUCGCUGGAGAACGGGCCUCAAAUAACCUACGUCAGGGACUUCAAAGCCAAAGUUCAGUACUUCCGGUUCUGGUGUCAGCAACUGUCAAUGCCCCAACACAUCAAGAUCAGCGUCACCCGCAAAACCCUGUUUGAGGAUUCCUUCCAGCAGAUCAUGAGCUUCCACCCACAAGACCUCAGACGCCGUCUCUGGAUCAUAUUCCCAGGAGAGGAGGGUCUGGACUAUGGAGGCGUAGCCAGGGAGUGGUUCUUCCUGCUGUCCCACGAGGUGCUGAACCCCAUGUACUGUCUGUUUGAGUACGCUGGGAAGGACAACUACUGCCUGCAGAUCAACCCUGCCUCCUACAUCAACCCUGACCACCUCAAGUACUUCAAGUUCAUCGGACGCUUCAUUGCCAUGGCUCUGUUCCAUGGGAAGUUCAUUGACACGGGAUUCUCCCUGCCCUUCUACAAGCGCAUUCUGAACAAACCCCUGGCUCUCAAAGACCUGGAGUCCAUCGACCCCGAGUUCUACAACUCCCUCAUCUGGAUCAAAGAUAACAACCUGGAGGAGUGCGGCCUGGAGAUGUACUUCUCGGUGGACAAGGAGAUCCUGGGAGAGGUCACCACCCACGAGCUGAAGCCCGACGGAGGGAACGUUCUGGUCACCGAGGAGAACAAGGAGGAGUACAUCCGGCUGGUGGCAGAGUGGAGGCUUUCCCGGGGUGUGGAGGAGCAGACCCAGGCCUUCUUUGAAGGCUUUAAUGAAGUCCUCCCCCAGCAGUACCUGCAGUACUUUGACGCCAAGGAGUUGGAGGUGAUGCUGUGUGGGAUGCAGGAGAUCGACCUGGUGGACUGGCAGAGGAACGCCAUCUACAGACACUACGCCCGCAGCAGCAAGCAGAUCCUCUGGUUCUGGCAGUUUGUGAAGGAGAUGGACAAUGAGAAGCGCAUGAGGCUGCUGCAGUUUGUGACGGGAACCUGUCGCCUCCCUAUGGGCGGUUUUGCUGACCUCAUGGGGAGUAACGGCCCUCAGAAGUUCUGCAUAGAGAAAGUGGGCAAGGAGAACUGGCUUCCAAGAAGCCACACAUGCUUUAACCGUCUGGACCUGCCUCCCUAUAAGAGCUACGAGCAGCUGAAGGAGAAGCUGAUGUUUGCCAUCGAGGAGACGGAGGGCUUUGGCCAGGAGUAGCAUCACUGUGAUGCUGCUGGGAGCAGGCUGUUGAGGACUGGCCUCCCAACACCACUGUGCCCACAGCACCUUCCUGUUCCCUUUCCUGUGGUUUCAGGCACUUUGUCUGGCGGUCAGACAUGGCGGCUCUCUCGCUCUCUCUCUCUCUGUCUGCCUCUCUCUCUCUCUCGCUCUCUCUAUCUGCCUCUCUCUCCCCCCCCCU